AUGGCGCAUUCCUACGACGUUGCAAUGUUCCAAGCGGCUCUCGAGAAGAAGACGCAUCUCCUUCCGAGAGGCAGCCAGUCCACAACGACAAAGACCCAGCCAAAGAUGAAGUCCGCCAUGGGCUCCGAGGUAACGUUGGUGGAGGCCAACUCCGCUUCACAGCUUGAGAAAAAGGACUCUGGUGUGUUGGAUUCCUCGGAGGGCAAAAGCUUGAAAUAA